AUGAUUCUAGCUAUAGCUUCUGCAAUUUUUAACCCGAAAUUCCUGGUAACAAUCGUACUGUUAGAGUUUGUGGCUGCUGCUCAAUCUAGUGGAAGUGUACCUGUGGGUGCAUCUAUCACUGCAACUGAUAAUGCUCCUUCAUGGCCUUCUUCCUCUCGUGAUUUUGCCUUUGGAUUUCACCAACUGAAAGACAAGGAUCAUUUCUUGCUGUCCAUUUGGUAUGACAAGAUCCCUGAGACGACCAUAGUUUGGUAUGCAAACGGAGAUAAUCCCGCACCUAGGGGAUCUAAGGUCGAGCUGACCACUGAUCUGGGGCUGGUGCUUACUGAUCCUCAAGGCAACCAAAUUUGGAACUCUGGUAUCAAGCCAGGUGCAGUUUCGUCAGGUGUUAUGAAUGACACUGGAAACUUUGUGCUUCAAAAUAGCAAUUCUGACAGGUUGUGGGAAAGUUUCGACCAUCCUUCUGAUACAUUGUUGCCUACUCAGAUUAUGGAGAUUGAAGGGGUGCUCUCUUCUCGACGGUCGGAAACCAACUUUUCACUGGGCAGAUUCCAGUUCCGUUUCGACGCUGGUGCUCUUGUGUUGAAUUCCAUAAAUUUGCCAACCGGAUUUGCUUACGAUUCCUACUAUAGAACACCUUCUGAUGAUUCAGAUUCUUCCAAUUCUGGUUAUCGUUUGAUCUUCAAUGAGUCAGGCUACAUGUACAUGUCAAGAAGAAAUGGGCAGAGAUUCUCUCUCACAGAUAGAGCAGUUCCGACUGCAGACUUCUAUCAUAGGGCAACUCUCAAUUUUGAUGGUGUUUUCACUCAAUAUUUUUACCCAAAAACAUCUGGUAGUAACAGAAGCUGGUCCUCUGUCUGGUCGAAACCAGAUAAUAUAUGUGUCGAUAUUGGUGGAGGCUUGGGUAGUGGAGCCUGUGGAUAUAAUAGCAUCUGCAGCCUAAAUGAUGAUAAAAGACCAGAUUGUAAUUGCCCAAAAAAUUUUUCUUUACUUGAUGAGAAUGACAGGUAUGGAAGCUGCAUACCAGAUUUCGAACUAAGCUGCAAAGAUAGGCUCAAUUCUACAGAAGAUCAGUAUGAUUUUCAGGAGCUAAUAAAUAUUGAUUGGCCAACAUCUGAUUAUGAGAGGUCCAAGCCUUCUGAUGAAGAUACCUGCAGAAAGUCUUGCUUGAAUGAUUGUCUAUGUGCUGUUGCCAUUUUUAGAGAUGGCUGCUGGAAGAAGAAGUUACCGCUCUCUAAUGGAAGAUUUGAUAGUCGUAUGAAUGGAAAGGCUUUGAUCAAAUUUCCGAAAGGCUAUGUUCCUUGGGAAAGGCCUCCUCUCCAGCUUCCUGAAGAGAAAAAGAAUCGAGAUGUUAAGUUCAUCACUGGAUCUGUGCUCCUUGGUAGCUCUGUAUUUGUCAACUUUGUAUUCGUUGGUGCGUUCUGUCUUACUUCUUCCUUCAUUUAUCGCAAGAAAACCAAAAAAAUUGAAGAAGGACGAGACGCUGUGGAGACAAACCUGCGUUGUUUUACAUACGAAGAGCUCGCGGCAGCGACAAAUGACUUCAAGGAUGAGUUGGGAAGAGGAGGUUUUGGUGCUGUUUACAAGGGGACAAUACCGGUAGGUUCUACUAAUGUUGUUGCUGUCAAGAAGUUAAAUAAAAUGGUUCAAGAUGGGGAAAAGGAAUUUAAAACUGAAGUACGAGUGAUUGGCCAGAUACAUCACAAGAAUUUGGUCCGGUUGCUAGGAUAUUGUGAUGAGGGGCAGAAUCGGUUGCUGGUGAACACACCAAUCACAGCGAAGGUUGAUGUCUACAGCUUCGGUGUCAUGCUGCUAGAGAUCAUCUGUUGUCGAAGAAGUGUAGACCUGGAGAUCGGCGAGAAAGCAGUGCUGACUGAUUGGGCUUAUGACUGCUAUGCGAAUGGAACUUUGGAUGCUUUGCUUGAAGAUGACAUGGAGGCCAUGAAUGACAUAUCGACAGUUGAGAAGCUGUUGAAGGUUGCAUUUUGGUGUAUUCAUGAGGAGCCAUCUCGCAGACCCAUCAUGAGGAAGGUGACACAAAUGCUUGAAGGAGUUGUUGAAGUGCUUGCUCCUCCAAAUCCAUUUCCAUUUAGUACAAUCAGCAAUGAUCUUUAA